AUGUUCAGGUUUGUUGCAGAUCAGAAGCGCUUCAACCCGAAGCCGUCUCCCAGCCAAGUGGCAGCUGGCGUGCGACAUCACAACCUUGGAUACAACGAGGUUAUGGUGCAAGUGGGCACUCCAGCAAUGCUCUUUGAAGAGAUGCAGAAGCAAGGCAUCCAAAGAAGGUUCAACAUGAAUCAGCUGCGGCUCUGGCAGUGCAGAACAAACGGCCUCGCUGCUUUUGCACGUGUGCAACCACCGGCUCCACUGGAUGAGCACGGCCGGCAGGUGGAGAGUUGUCGCCACGAAGUCUUCAGCAAGAUGCGAGACAGCUACGACAGGGCUUGCGGUCGAGCCGAGUCCACGCCCAUCCUGUUCUUCGAUUUGGAGGCAGACUCGAAGCCUUUCUCCGCGCGCAGAAUGGCAGAGCUCUUCCCUAGCCAGGGGGACUGCGACCACGGCGACAGUCUCUGUAGGUUUCGGCACGCGACACGGCGACUUUUUAUUGAUGAUGAAUGGCACUGA